CGGACAGAUUUGUAUCUUUACAGUUAUUUCUUUCCCGGGACGCACGAAAGGUCAACAGCACUCGGCGACCAAGUCGACAGCCUCAGGAAACCCUUCCGCCCCGCCGCUCCACUGCGCUGCUCGAGCCCGCUGUUCCGUCCCGAGUCCAACACACAUCGCGCACCCCUCGACUACUGCAGCUCGCCAAUUCUUGCCAACCAGGGCACAUACUCGGACGUCACAGAUCCCGCAACAUGUCUGCACACCCAAGACCCUCGAGGACGCCUCGCGCGAACUCGACCAGCUACGGACAGGUCAUCGAGUACAUCCAAGACCGACUCUACCUUGCCUCAUACACGCACGCACCAGACGCCGGCACGCCGUUCCCCUACCCAAAACAAAGCCAGUCGCCGACGAAGCGCUCGUCGCGGGCACAAGCAGGUCACGCUGGCUCCAAGACACAUCCUCCGGUGUACUUUAGCAUUGAUAAGACACUGCUGUACAAUGCUUUCCACGGCGACUUUGGCCCACUGCACAUUGGCCACCUGUACCGCUUUGCUGUGCAGCUACACGAGGUGUUGGGGGACCCCGCGAACGAGGACAGGGCCGUAGUGUUCUGGAGCAACGCAGACUCGAGAAGCCGCGCGAAUGCUGCCUGCAUCUUGGCGUGUUACAUGGUCCUCAUCCAGUCAUGGCCACCUCAUCUUGCCCUAGCGCCCAUUGCCCAGAUGGACCCACCCUGCAUGCCUUUCCGCGACGCAGGCUACAGCCAGGCAGACUACGUCCUGAACAUUCAGGAUGUCAUCUACGGAGUGUGGAAAGCGAAGGAGGAGGGCCUUUGCGGGCUCAAGGACUUCAGUCUGGAAGAAUACGAGAAGUUUGAGCGUGUCGACAUGGGCGACUUCAACUGGGUCACUCCCGACUUCCUGGCCUUUGCGUCACCACAACACCAGCCCACUCACGAGAUCGCCACGACAUCCUCAACAUACGCGUCACUGCCCUCGAACAUCGCCGAGAUUCAGCGAUCAAACAUCCCAGGUCCCUUCAAGAACGUACUCUCCCACUUCUGCGCACGCAACGUCGGUCUCGUCGUCCGUUUGAACUCUGAGCUUUACUCAUCGAGCUAUUUCACCAAACUCGGCAUUAAGCACCUGAACAUGAUCUUCGACGAUGGAACUUGCCCGCCUCUGUCACUGGUGCGACAGUUCGUCAACCUUGCGCACGAUAUGAUUACGGUCCGAAAGAAGGGGAUUGCUGUGCACUGCAAAGCUGGACUUGGCCGCACCGGCUGCCUCAUUGGAGCAUACUUGAUCUACAGGCAUGGCUUCACUGCAAACGAGAUCAUCGCAUACAUGCGCUUUAUGCGCCCCGGAAUGGUCGUUGGACCUCAACAACAUUGGCUUCACCUCAACCAGGCCACUUUCCGCGAGUGGUUCUACGAGGACACUAUCAAAGCCAAGUAUGCCGAGGCGAUGCCUUCUACGCCAACCAGGUCUCCUCACAAGCAGCGCCUUGCAAGCAACGGCCAGACCUUCACCCCACCGAACGGUUCUCAGAAGCGCGCUGCACUUGGAGAGAUCGAGUCCAAUGAGCGCAACAACGCCACACAUUCGAAUAUCGGUGUUCAAGAAGACAACCUGCCUGCGCCUACACCAGGCCAGCCGCGAAAGACUAGCAAGCUUUACGGUAAUGGCAGCUCGCGACAAUCACCUCAGCGCAUCCACGAGAACGAGCCAUUCACGAAAUCAACCACUGAGAUCAGGGCAGACGUAACACGGUUCGACGGCGAGAGCGACGAAGAGUACCACCUGCGCCAGAUUGCACGGAGAACAUCGUCUCGCUCGCCAACCCGUUCACCUGUCCUGAAAGACAAGCAGCGUCGUGCCUUCAGCACAACCUCCGUCAUCCAGACCUCCUUGACACACACGUCGUUUGGCUUCGGCGAUGGGAGUGACGCCGAGAACACGGCGCCAGCUGGUGCUCGACCGAAGACACCGAGAGAGAAGAGCGGCAGCGGCAUCAGCAUGAGCAAGAUCCGCUCGAGUCCCAUGCGACGAAGCACCGAGGGCAAGACCAGCGUACGGAAAACCAGUGGACGUGUAGGAAGCGCUUCUCACUCCAUCGCCCGCCCGAAGCCAUGAGCGGCCAGCCUGGUAGUCAUUGCAGCAUUUUGAGCGUCUAAACAUAUUGGCGUUUUUCGCGGAUCCUCACUCUCCUCCUCCUCACUUGCAUCGGCGGCAGCAUAUCCCCGGACCUUUGCGUCUGCAGGACGGGCGUUUUGUGUUUAUCAAACAAACAGUUUAGGUUUUUCCAUCGGGUGGCGCACGGCGGGGUUUUUU